AUGUCUGAGCGGCGGAGAGGAGGCGGAGGCAGAGGAGAGGCGGCUUCGGAGGAGGCGGCGGCGGGGCCAGCAGCAUCGUCCGCGGGGGUGGAGGCGGCGGCGGCGGCGGGAGCGGAGAUGCCGGCGAAGAAGCAGAAGCUGAGCAGCGACGAGAACAGCAACCCGGGGGACCUGUCCGGCGACGAGAACGAUGAUGCUGUUAGCAUAGAGAGUGGUACUAACACUGAACGCCCUGACACCCCUACAAACACCCCCAAUGCUCCAGGAAGAAAAAGCUGGGGGAAAGGAAAAUGGAAGUCAAAGAAAUGCAAAUACUCCUUCAAAUGUGUAAACAGCCUCAAGGAAGACCAUAGUUUGCCAUUGUUUGGGGUACAGUUUAACUGGCACAGCAAGGAAGGCGAUCCCCUGGUGUUUGCUACCGUUGGCAGUAACAGAGUUACUUUAUAUGAAUGUCAUUCACAAGGCGAAAUACGGUUGCUACAGUCCUAUGUGGAUGCCGAUGCGGAUGAAAACUUUUAUACUUGUGCAUGGACCUAUGAUAGCAAUACAAGCCACCCCCUUCUGGCUGUGGCUGGGUCAAGGGGCAUUAUUAGGAUAAUUAAUCCCAUUACAAUGCAGUGCAUAAAGCAUUAUGUGGGCCAUGGCAACGCAAUCAACGAAUUGAAAUUUCAUCCCAGGGAUCCAAAUCUUCUCUUGUCUGUGAGCAAAGAUCAUGCAUUGAGACUGUGGAACAUUCAAACAGACACUUUGGUUGCAAUAUUUGGAGGAGUAGAAGGGCACAGGGAUGAAGUUUUAAGUGCAGAUUAUGACCUCCUUGGUGAGAAAAUUAUGUCUUGUGGCAUGGAUCACUCCCUGAAACUCUGGCGAAUCAAUUCAAAGAGAAUGAUCAAUGCAAUCAAAGAGUCCUAUGAAUACAAUCCCAAUAAAACCAACAGGCCGUUUGUUUCUCAAAAAAUUCACUUUCCUGACUUCUCCACCAGAGACAUACAUAGAAAUUAUGUAGAUUGUGUGCGAUGGCUAGGAGAUCUGAUACUUUCCAAGUCGUGUGAAAAUGCCAUUGUGUGCUGGAAACCAGGCAAAAUGGAAGAUGACAUAGAUAAAAUAAAGGCCAGCGAGUCUAAUGUGACCAUUUUAGGACGAUUUGAUUACAGUCAGUGCGAUAUAUGGUAUAUGAGGUUUUCAAUGGAUUUCUGGCAAAAGAUGCUGGCAUUGGGCAAUCAAGUUGGCAAGCUCUAUGUCUGGGACUUAGAAAUAGAAGAUCCUCAUAAGGCCAAGUGUACAACUCUUACUCACCCAAAGUGUGCUGCUGCCAUUCGACAAACCAGCUUUAGCAGAGACAGUAGUAUCCUUAUAGCUGUAUGUGACGAUGCCAGUAUCUGGCGCUGGGACAGGCUCCGAUAAGUUACUUACAACUUGAGAAUUACAAAAUUAUGUAUUGCUUUUUGUGUCAAGGAUAAUUAGCUGAUUUGGUAGUACUGUAACUGCUUUCAGAGUAGCCCCCCCCCAAUCAGUUGAACUUAGCAAUGUUUACAUUUAGUUUUUGAUAACAUUGCCUUGUUCAGAAGCUGCUGCUUUUUAAUAAAAAUAUUUUUGUACGUUUGGUUUAUUGUCCCAUUUCAAUUCAGUGUUUGUAGUAUGUAAAGUUUCUUUGUACUGUAUAUAUACUUGCUGCUUGUGUUAAGCCAUAUGUUAAAUAAGCUUGUAUGAGUAUGGGUGUGCCCUACAAUUCUGCAGGAUGCAAGAAGCACACUGAGUGCAGAAUUCUUCCUGAGAAAGUUGUCCUUGAUUUUGAAAAUGACCGUGAAAACAUGAAAGUUGUGCAGCAUUGCCCACUUGGAACUCUCAGAAGCCAAGAAGGGUGACCGAUAUAAUUUCUCAGUGGCUGGGACAGAUACAUUUAUCCAUAUGGCCCUCUGCCCUACUCCUUCAUGAACAAAAACAAGUAAAUUAUGCAAACAAAAUUAAAUGUGCAUAAUUAAACAUGUUGGGGAAUUUAGCUUUCUUGCUCAGAAUUUGAAUUUCCUGGGUAUGGACUUUUUUAAAA